AUCCUGUUCUGUGUCACCACUUUUUGUCGUAAUUCCUUGUUGAAUAGAGAAUACAUCUGCACGGGAAAGACAGUGAUAUUGAAAGUUUAAUAAGGGUACUUCUGAUAUAAUCUAGGAGUAUUGAGUUUGAGAAGACAGAAACAUGGGAACAGGAUAUAUACGUAUAGCCAUAUUUAUUUGGUUUUGCUGCUUUCAUUUUGGAAAGACAGCAGAUCCAGUAUUGUCUUGGACCACAUGGACUGAUUCUGCUGGAAAUACUGCCAAUGAAAAUAGUGAUGUAACCUGGGCACAGAUCCCUCUUCCUGCUAAUACUUCUUAUAAACUAGGAGCCAUUAAUUAUGACAGCAGAGGUUUGGAGCCAUUGUAUAAUUUUGCAAAAGCAUUUAUAAAUGGGGCUGUAUUUCCAUAUGGCGUAAGCUGGGGAGUUAUUGAUAAAAUAUUAAAUGGGACACUGAUUAAUGAUGUCACAGAAAAUUACCUUGAUUAUGUGAAGGAAUUUGCUGGUUAUGGUGCCCUAAUAGUGAUUGGUUUUCUGUUUCUAAUUAUAUUCCCUUUCAUUGGAAUGUGUUUCUGUUGCUGCCGAUGUUGCUGUAAUAAUUGUGGUGGUGCUAUGAAGCAGAACCCUAAAGAUGCAAACAACCAUUGCAAAAGAAGAACCUUUGCUGUAAUUUUGUUUGUCUUAAUUGCAUUUAUAGUAGCUGGAAUGAUAUGUGUGUAUAUUUCAAAUGACCAGAUGACAGAUACAGUUGCAACCUUUGACAGUACAGCAUCAAAUGCAUUAGAUGACCUUGAAUCAUUUGUAGACAUUUUCAUUUUUCAAUUAAAGCAUGUUGCACUUGUUAAUUUCAACUUUACCAGAGAUGUUAUUUAUAGAGAUUUAGAUAGUAUUGGUUAUAUAGUUGGGAGACCUGUGAGAUCAACUUUAAAAGCCAAUGGAGGAGUUGAUACAGCCAUUGAUAGUGCUUUUGAUCUUGCUUCAAAAGUGGAUACCAUUGCAAUAGCACUAAUUGAACUGAAUACAAGCAUAACUUAUGUACGAAACAAUGCAACAUCAUUGGAAUCUGCUGUAAAUGCAACAAAGAAUGAGAUCAGCAAUGAUACAGAUUCAUGUGGUAAUUCUUGCAGUGGAGCACCUAAUGUAUCAACAUUAAUUGUUAGCAUAGAUGCCAAUUCUUUUCCAAAUAUCUCAAACCAGAUAGAUACAAUCUCUUCAGUGCAGUCACAUAAUUUGACAGGAGUUGUUGUUGAUGCCAAGCAAGAAUUUGAAGACAUUCCGUGGACUGUUGAAAAUGAGACAAAAACAGAGGUUGCAGAUAUAAAGAAUACAGUAAAUGAUCUGUCCGACAAAAUUCAACCAAUUAUUGAUCAGGCAGACAGUUUUAAAAAUGAUACAACAGGAAGUUUCAGCAUCACCACAUACAAAGAUUUGCUAAGAAACUAUACAAAAUAUGGAGUAGAAUAUGAUGAAUAUAGGUGGUAUGGUGGUAUUGGUUUAUCCUCUGUCAUAUUGCUGAUAGUAUUGUUGCUCCUUAUUGGACUCAUGUUUGCUGUAUUUGGACACAGCACAGAUGUAGAUCCAACAGAACGUUCAUGUCUUUCUUCGUGUGGUGGACAUAUGUUCAUGGCAGCUGUUGGAUUUGUUUUUAUGUUUUCCUCUUUCCUGAUGCUGUUGACAACAGUAGUAUUCAUACUUGGUACACCAAUGCAUAGAUUUGUCUGUGAGCCAAUAACAGAUCCAGAUUUGACAGAUUUCCAAACAAUUUUAGACACCUAUGUGUAUCGUUCAAUGUAUGGAGGCACUGGAUCCUUGUUUGGAAAGCUUCUUCUCCAGAACAGCUCACAUUCAUUAUCAUUGAAGAAAAUUUUGAGAGAUUGUGAAGUUGGAAAGUCAGCUUAUGCAGCCUUCGAAUUGUCAAACAUAAUUGACAUAUCAGCUCUGACAAACUACUCUGGGACAUUAAAUGUUGAAAGUCAGUUGGAUAAUAUAGAUGUUGACCUAUCAAACCUUGAAAUUUUGACACCUGAUUUAACUGCACAGCUAAACGACUUGAAAUUGUCUGCAGAUAUAAAUUUUACAGAGUUUAGAGAAAAGCUUGCACAAGAUUCCCUGGAAAUAAAUUUGACCUCACUGGCAUCAGAAUUACGAGACUUUGCAUCAAACAUUUCUGCAGUACUACCAGAUUAUAGUAAAAAAUUUUAUACUCAUGCAAAUAGAACUGACAGUAUAAAUGACAAUGAACUUGCAGACUUCAUCAAAUCAAUGGCUGACUUAGAAAGUAAGCUUGAUGUUUUGGAAGCAGCAGUCAAUGGCACAAGUGACAAUGUUGAAAAUACUUUACUUGCCUUUAACAACACUCAAACCUAUCUUCAGAAUAAUGGUUCACAAGCAGUCAAAGAUGAGGCAAAGAUUUAUGCUGAUAGAUUGCUUAAAGUUGUUGAUUCUUUGGUCAAUAAUACUUUAGAUGCUCUGGAGAAUGAGAUUGGAGUGUGCACUCCUGUUUGGAACCUCUACAAUGAUAUUCUGGUUAUUUCCUUCUGUAAAUACCUUGUUGAUACUUUGAAUGGAUUUUGGUUUGGAGUAGGAUGGUGUGUUUUCUUUUUUAUUCCAAGUAUUAUAUUUGCAACAAAACUAGCAAAACAUUACAGAAAGAUGAAGAUACAUAAGUGUAAAGAUGUUGAAGAUAAACGGAGUUUGCCUUUACCUGAGGUUGAUACAAGACACAGUCCUGGAUUAAAAAAAAAUAAAGUUGCUCAUUCCGAUGGGAAAGAUAGUCUUACAUCGUGGUGAAGAACUGUUGACGGAAUUAUUUUGUCACAGAGGAAAUAAAAGACUUAUUUAUGUUUGAGUUCAAAUAUUAAUAUAAAUCAUAAACUCUCAGAAUUCUACAUACAUGUAUUAACAUGCUGCAUUUUCAGGAGAAAAAAACUGGAGUAUAUAGCUGUAUUUGUGUUUGCAAACACACUGUAUGCUACAAUAACUAUGUUGGACUUUUGACAAUAUUUUAGAUACAAAUGUACAUAUUUUGAAAUUA